GGGUUGGGUGACAAGUACUUGCGUCGAAGAAGUGCUUCUCGUGUUGGCAAGAGAAUAGCAAGAGUUACAACCUUUUUUUCCGAGUGCGAUCCCUCGUUUAUGUGGGUAAAACUUUUAGCAAAGGUGUCACUGACUGCUACCGUCAGUGUGUUUUAAUUGACAGAUAGCCGUUCUUGGCCGAAAAAACUUUCCAAAGAAGUGACAACGAUUCAGGCAGUGUAUGUCAGAAUGGCCCAGUGGAACCAGUUACAGCAGCUGGAGACCAGGUAUCUGGAGCAGCUCUACCACCUGUACAGUGACAGCUUCCCAAUGGAGCUACGGCAGUUUCUUGCCCCAUGGAUUGAGAGUCAGGACUGGGCCUAUGCUGCCAACAAGGAAUCACAUGCCACCCUGGUUUUCCACAACCUCUUGGGAGAAAUAGACCAGCAGUAUAGCCGUUUCCUGCAGGAGAACAAUGUACUUUACCAACAUAACCUGCGCAGGAUUAAACAGCAUCUGCAGAGCAAAUACCUGGAGAAGCCGAUGGAGAUCGCCCGCAUUGUUGCGCGUUGUUUGUGGGAGGAGCAAAGACUGCUGCAGACAGCCACUUCUGCUUCACAGGAUGGACAGGCAGCCCAUCCAACUGGGACAGUGGUGACAGAGAAGCAGCAAAUACUGGAGCACAACCUUCAAGACAUCAGGAAGCGAGUGCAGGAUAUGGAACAAAAGAUGAAGAUGCUUGAAAACUUGCAAGAUGACUUUGACUUUAAUUACAAAACCCUGAAGAGCCAAGGAGAAUUAUCCCAGGACCUAAAUGGAAAUAGCCAGGCAGCUGCCACUAGACAGAAGAUGGCUCAGCUUGAGCAGAUGCUGAGUGCUCUGGACCAGCUCAGGAGGCAAAUUGUGACUGAGAUGGGUGGUUUGCUGACUGCCAUGGAUUAUGUACAGAAGAAUCUAACAGAUGAAGAACUGGCGGACUGGAAGAGAAGACAGCAAAUCGCCUGCAUUGGAGGCCCACCAAACAUAUGCCUCGAUCGCCUUGAAACAUGGAUCACAUCCUUGGCUGAGUCCCAGCUUCAGAUUCGUCAGCAGAUCAAGAAGCUUGAGGAGCUUCAGCAGAAGGUGUCUUACAAAGGAGACCCCAUCAUUCAGCACCGGCCCGCCCUGGAGGAAAAGAUUGUGGAUUUGUUCAGAAACCUCAUGAAGAGUGCGUUUGUGGUUGAGAGACAGCCAUGCAUGCCCAUGCAUCCAGACAGACCUCUGGUCAUAAAAACAGGAGUGCAGUUCACAAAUAAAGUCAGGCUACUGGUGAAGUUUCCUGAACUCAAUUACCAGCUGAAAAUUAAAGUUUGCAUUGACAAGGAAUCUGGUGAUGUGGCUGCAAUUAGAGGGUCACGUAAAUUUAACAUCCUUGGCACUAACACAAAAGUUAUGAACAUGGAGGAAUCCAACAAUGGCAGCCUGUCAGCAGAAUUUAAACACUUGACCCUGCGGGAACAAAGGUGUGGUAAUGGUGGCCGGACUAAUAGUGAUGCGUCUCUGAUUGUAACAGAGGAGCUCCAUCUUAUCACUUUUGAGACGGAAGUCUAUCACCAAGGCCUGAAGAUAGACCUGGAGACUCAUUCCCUGCCAGUGGUAGUCAUUUCAAACAUUUGCCAAAUGCCCAAUGCCUGGGCUUCCAUUCUGUGGUACAACAUGCUUACCAACCACCCAAAGAAUGUGAACUUCUUCACCAAACCUCCAGUGGGGACAUGGGACCAGGUGGCUGAAGUCCUGAGUUGGCAAUUCUCUUCAACCACCAAAAGAGGCCUGACCAUUGAGCAGCUCACCACCCUGGCUGAGAAACUACUUGGACCUUCCGUCAACUACUCUGGAUGUCAAAUCACAUGGGCCAAGUUUUGUAAGGAAAACAUGGCUGGCAAAGGUUUCUCUUUCUGGGUGUGGCUGGACAAUAUUAUUGACCUGGUGAAGAAGUAUAUCCUUGCACUGUGGAAUGAAGGGUAUAUCAUGGGUUUUAUCAGUAAGGAGAGGGAGCGAGCCAUUCUGAGUCCAAAACCUCCUGGCACUUUUCUACUGCGCUUCAGUGAGAGCAGCAAGGAGGGGGGCAUUACCUUUACCUGGGUAGAGAAAGACAUCAGCGGAAAGACCCAGAUCCAGUCAGUGGAGCCGUACACCAAGCAGCAGCUCAACAGCAUGUCUUUCGCUGACAUCAUCAUGGGCUACAAGAUUAUGGAUGCCACCAAUAUCCUGGUUUCACCUCUUGUUUACCUCUAUCCUGAUAUCCACAAAGAGGAAGCUUUCGGGAAAUACUGCAGGCCAGAAGCAGCUCACGAACCUGAGGCAGCAGGAGACUCAACAAGUGCUAUUCAGCCUUACUUAAAGACAAAGUUCAUCUGUGUAACCCCGUGUCCUUCCGUGUUCACGGACUUGCCGGACUGUGAGCUGCUUGGGAACGGAUUCCCAGGCACAAACUUGGGAAACACCAGUGACCUGUUCCCCAUGUCCCCUCGCACUCUCGACUCUCUGAUGCACAAUGACCCUGAAGCUAAUCCAGGAAAUUUGGAUUCACUCACUUCGGACAUGGAUGUAGCAUCACCUAUGUAAAUGUAAUUAUCACCCUCACCAGUUUCUUUUUUUUCUCAUUGGGAUCUGCUUUUAUGUGAAGCAAUGAUUUAUUUCUCACUCUGUACACACAGAAUGCCUGUACAGUUUAUUUCUUUUUUCUGUGUUUAGAAAAAAUUUAAUAAAAAGAAUUUUCACGGAAUAGGGAGGAUGAAAGAAUUUGAGAUAUGUUCCUUUUUUUAAAAAAAAAAAAAAAAAAAAAAAAAAAAGGGGAAAAAAAUUGCCUCUUAUGUACUUUUGGACUAUCCUGUAGCCAAGUGUGAGAGUCUUAAUAGUGUAUGCUGACUGGUUGUAUUUUAAGCAACAUUUUGUCUCUGCUUUUGUUUGUUUUUAAGUGUCUUAAAACAUAUACACAUAAGGAAUUAUAUUUUUGAGAAUGUUGUAUUUGUGCUUUGUUGACAUUUUAAAUGGUUAUGAAUUAAUGUGUUUUCUUUGAAUACAGAAAUGCAAUGAGUUAAAUUGUUGUAUAAGCUAUGUGCUGCUUUAGAAUUGUACUGGUACUUAAUGGUCUUUUUCCACAAUGUCCCUGCCAAAUGUGUGAUGUUACAGUGGUUCCUCCUUAUCAUGGUUAAAAUAGUUUCUGUUUCAUGAUGAUUUUUACACAGAACAGAACAUAUAUUUCUCAGAGCCACUUCAACGGUGUAAUAGAAAAUGAUCUAGGGAUUUUCAGAACUCAUUAGGUUUUUUCUGUAAACUUAUUUCCUCCUUAUACUGCUGUGUGAAAAGUAUUAAGUGUAAAUGUAGAUGAGUUUCUCUCACUCAAAUGCUGUUUUGUUUUUUUUAAUCAAAUGAAAUGGGUUUGGUUUUAAAAUCUGUAGUUGAAUAUUCUUGUUUUGCCUGAUUUCACCUGGUAUUAUGAGACAUGAAGAGUGCACACAAUUAAAUGUGUAGUAUUUUUCUUUAAUCUUCAACAUUGAUUAGUUAACCUUUUCACAGUGCCAGCAAGAGGUUUCUUUGUUUUUUCGUGGAGAUGCUUAUUUUCCUGCCGCCGAUGGCCAGCACUAGUGUCACUAACUCUUUAUUUUUUGACGCUGUUAUUUGCUAUGUUUAACUUGUAUUUUAGUGCUUUGCCAGAAUGCACACUGGUGAGAUAAAAAAAAUAGUUCGGAUACUGCAGAGGAGAAAAUAGUAGAUCUAAAACUCUUGCUUAGCAUAUAUUACCCGUUUUUUAUUGUUUUUUUUUUUUUCCUAUAAAUUGACAAUAGCACACUAAAUGGCUUCUCAGUUCAAUAGCAUAGUAUUUAAAUUGUAAAUAAAUCAUUUUAAUUAAUCAAUCUUGUCAACAUUUACUGGGUUUGGAACAGGAUUACAUUGAAACACCACAAGCGACUGGAAAUGUACUUUUGACUUCUUUUUAUACCAUGUGAGAAUCUUUAGUUUGCUAUAUUCUCAACAGGUAGUAACAUCACACCCUGCUUACUCUGUAAAUCGUGCCAGCAAGAGGUUAUAUGAAUAACAUCAUUAAUACUUUUAUUAUUACUAUUUAUUGUCAUUUUUACAAGUUUGUCUCCGUCGUCCGAUCGGAGAGAACGUGCAUGCACCUCCAGACAACCCUUUGAGUUUAUAAGUUUCCUCGGGUGUUUGUAGCUGUUCAGGUCAAUCAGAGAGGCAGUUUUCAGAAUUCAUUUUAGCCUCAGCCUUUUCUUUUAUGCCCAUUUUAUAAAUUGGAGCACCACUGCUGAUAUGGAGACACCUACAUUGAGGAUGCAAAACUUAACACUUUCUACUUAAUAGCCUGAAAAGGUAAAUAGUAUGUUUUGUAAAAAUUGUGGUAUGGACUAUGUUUUAUCAGCAGGUUGAUUAUAGCUGGAGGACAAACAAGUAAGGUGAAAAAGGACAUCAGAUGUGUUUUUGAUUUUAUCUGACUGAUGAGAGUUGUAGCAAUUUUGCCAGUUGAAAGGAAAAUGUUUCAUGUUAGUUAUUUUCAAACAGAGAAUAACUAAUGCUGCGCUGGCAGCAUAUUCAUGGACCACAGCUCCAUGCUUCACAUCAGAGUGGACUAAGACUUAAUAAGUUAGAAGUAAGUGAAGCAGGAAAGCUUGCCUUUAAUGUGUAUCCCAGUUAAAAAAUGUCAUUUGGUUUAGUAUUUGGUUACAUUCUAGUUUCAAAGAUUAAAUGUCUGAGUUAGUCAUUUAAAAAAAAAAAAAAAAAAAAAGUAAUGCUAAAUUUAUUCAAGCGCUGACAUUGAGCUGCAGGAUCAAAUGAUUUUUUUGAGGAAAUCCCUUGAUUGUUUGCUUGGCACAUAUAAGAAUUAAAAAUAGAAGUAUGUUUUUCAUACAUGAAACACUCUGAAUUAGGAAUUUUUAAUCAUGUUACAACAGGAAAAACAGCUGUAUGUAAAUAAAUCAACUGUCUGAGUUUAA